CUGCACUACGGGACCCUCCUGGGCAGCAGAGCUUGUGCCCACAUGGCAGCAGCUGCCUGGGCCAGUGCCUUUCUCACUGCUCUCAUGCACACAACCAAUACAUUUUCCCUACCCCUGUGCCAUGGCAAUGCCUUGGGCCAGUUCUUCUGUGAAAUCCCCCAGAUCCUCAAGCUCUCCUGCUCCAAAUCCCACCUCAGGGAAAUCGGGAUUUCUGUUUUCACUACCUUCUUAGCAUUUUGCUGUUUUGUGUUCAUGGUUUUCUCCUAUGUGCAGAUUUUCAGGGCCGUGCUGAGGAUCCCCUCUGAGCAGGGGCGGCACAAAGCCUUUUCCACCUGCCUCCCUCACCUGGCCGUGCUCUCCCUGUUCCUCAGCACUGUAACAUUUUCCUACCUGAAGUCGCCCUCCAUCUCCUCCCCAUCCCUGGAUCUGUCCCUGUCAGUUCUAUACUCGGUGGUGCCUCCAACCCUGAAUCCCCUAAUCUACAGCCUGAGGAACCAGGAGCUCAAGGCAGCAGUGAGGAGAUUGAUGAAUGGAUGGUUUCAGAAACAUUAA